AUGGCGUCCACACGCUGCGAAAUCAACCCUCAGGCAAACGUGCUCAUCUACGACGACACGAGAAAUGACAGCUUCACCGCGUGGGAGAGACAGUUCUGGGCGUGGUGGUCGUCGGAGGACGCCUCCGUGCGGCCACAGCUGGUCACUGCGCUCGAGCUGCGUGCCUGCCGCCUCGACGAUUACGGCGCACUCCACACGUGGGUCCAUCCCGCGACAGGCAGCGCGAGUCAGAGCCUCGACGAUGCUACGCGGCGAAGCGUGUUGGGGCUAGCUGCGCGCGGCGCGCUGUUUGUCGGAUCAUUUGACAGCGCGGCGCUCCUCGGCCUCUUCGACGCGCCGCUGGAGCGUCCUUCCGACCUCGCGGGGCUUGCGGCGAACGGCAGCAGCACGGUGAGGCUGACACCUACUCGGGUGCCAAGCGAGGAGCGGCGCGCUGUCUACCUCGGUGGGGCCACGCUCGACGGCGAGGAGCAGGCAGGGGGGCAGGCGACCGCCCCUCCACCUCUGCCCCCGGGCGGGUCUGUGGCCGCCAUCUUCUCCGGCCUGUCGAGGGCGCUGCCCGCCGUCGUGCGGGUGCGGCCUCCGGAAGGAGCCGCGCACCUGCUCUGCUCGUCGGUCCUCCUGACGGCGAGGCCGAGGGACGGCUCGGACUCCCUGCUGGGUCUCGUGGACGCAAGCAAGAACUACGAGCUCCGCCGCGCCCUGAUCGCAGCGGAGCUCACGCACGGCGCGGCGGAGCGGCAGAAGGCGGCGGUGCUCACCUUUGUUACCGGCUCGCUCGGCCUCGUCGCGGCGGCGAUCCUCCUCCUCCUCCUCACGCCCCUCCUCUGCCGCCUCUGCCGCCGCGGGCCGCCCUGCCCUCGCGCCGGCGAUCCGCCACCGCGGCGUGGCAGCGGGAGCAAACUCGUCUGCAAAAGAGUCUCUCUCUUUCUUUUGCGGAUAGGCGCAGCCAAGGGCGCACCGGCGCGCGGGGCAUCUCCGGCGCUGGCGCGGCUGCGCCGCUGGGUCUCGUCCACUGCGGCACCGACGCCUCUGAUCAUGAGCCCCGUGGAGCGGGUCGACUCGACCGCGGAGCUCACAUCGUCCGCGUGA